CAACAAAAAUUGCGAACUUUGAAUAUUAUGAAAAUUCGAGUUUUGGUUUUCACGUUAUUCAGAGCUAAAGCAGUGAAACCCCAUAAUCUAGUCAGUUAUGUCAGUGAACCCUGAUAUACAAGUGGAGCGGGACACAGCAACAUUUCGUUCUAUAGAUGUCACUCACAUGUUAGAUGGAAGUCCUGAGGCGACCAACCAGAGGCGUAUCAGACAGAAACAAAUUGGAGAUGAUCCACAGAUAAAUCGGAGAAACAUUAUAUUUAUGUCCCAUGAGGAACGCUAUGAGGCUGCCAUUGCACGUGGGUUGAGGAUUGAACAGCUAAAAGCUGAACACGACUGGGAUAUAAUGGAUGAAAAUAAUGCAAUCAUGUGGUGCUUCUCGGAUAUUGCCAUGUUUGUUCACAAAGUCAUGUUUAUACCUGCAAUCGAGCGACUUGGUAAUAAAGAACAACAUGACAAGUGGCUCCCUCUAGCCAUUGAUCACAAAAUACUUGGUACCUAUGCGCAAACUGAACUUGGCCAUGGGACAUUUUUACGAGGAUUGGAAAUGGAAGCAAGAUAUGACAAAUCAACUGAAGAAUUUGUCAUAUCAACCCCCAAACAUUCCUCAAUGAAGUGGUGGCCUGGAUCAUUGGGGCAUUCUAGUAGCCAUGCUGUUUUGCUUGCUACUCUGUACAUAGAUGACCAAAAUUGUGGAAUGCAGCCAUUCAUAGUGCAGCUCAGGGAUCUGAACACGUGGAAACCUUUACCAGGAGUUGAAGUUGGAGGAAUUGGGCCUAAGAUGGCACUGGCAACAACAGAUAAUGGAUUUCUUGUUUUGAAUAAUGUUCGCAUUCCUAGAGACCAAAUGCUGAUGAAAUAUGCUCAGGUAUCAAAAGAUGGCAAAUUUACCAAGAGUGGGGCAGCUAAGGCAAACUACUCCACUAUGAUGCUUGUGAGAGUGGGUAUCGCACAUAGUUGCUACUUCUCCCUGGCUGUAGGGGCAACUAUUGUAACAAGAUACAGUGCAGUUAGGAGACAAGGUGAAAUAAAACCAGGAGCUCCUGAAGUGAAGAUUCUUGACUACCAGACACAACAGUUGAAGGUGAUCCCCAGUAUUGCAACAGCGUAUGCCUUUCACUUCUGCAAAGAGCACCUCAAGUGGUACUAUAUUGAAACAUUCCAGCAGAUACAACAGAAUGAUUUUUCUGGAUUACCUGAGAUACACUGUGUGACAUCUGGACUGAAGGCAUACAUGUCUGACAUUGCCACAGCCCAACUGGAGACAUUACGUAGAGCUUGUGGAGGAAAUGGCUAUCUCUUGAGUAACGGGAUCACUAAUACAUACAUUCAGACUUUAGCCCUUCCCACAGUAGAGGGUGAAAAUACAGUGCUUUAUUUACAAGUAGCAAGGUAUCUGAUGAAAUGUCUCAAGGUAGCAGCAACAGGUGAAGCUGUCAAGGGGUCACUAUCAUACAUGAAUGAGAAAAUAAAGACUCCAUAUACUAGUGGAUUAGUAACCAGGGAAGACUACUCAAAUGUAAAGAAACUGCUGAAAUUAUACCAAAACAUGACAGUCAGACUAACUCAAAAGGCAGGGGAUCACUUAAACAAGUUGCAUGUCUCGGGGCAACCUAAGUAUGAAGCAUGGAACAAUACCUCUGUACAACUAGUCAAUGCAGCCAAGGCAUAUUGUCAAACCUAUGUGUUAGGUAUGAACAUUGAAGGCUUGAGUACACAAGCAGUUGACCUGCCAGGAGAUGCUCUAGAAGUCAUUCAUCAACUCUGUGUGUUUUAUGCCUUACAUGGCAUAACAGAACAGUCUGGAAAUUUCUUAGAGACUGGCUGUAUUAACAUCACUGAGCUUCAUAUUAUACAACAGGAGGCACAGGAAAUGAUGGCCAAAAUAAGAAAAAAUGCAGUAGCUUUAGUGGAUGCAUUUGACAUUCCUGACAACCUCCUGAAUUCAACACUUGGUUGCUAUGACGGCAAUGCUUAUCAGCAUCUUUAUGACUCUGCCAAGUCAGAUCCCAUGAAUCAAAAACAAGUACUACCUGCAUUUGAAAAGUACAUCAAGCCAAUGCUACAGGGGAAGCAUACAUCAAAAUUGUAGGAUCCUGGAAAUAGGACAUGACAGAAGUAUUAUUUUAACAUUACAAAGCUUUAUUUAGAAAUUGACCCAGAUUUAAAAGGUCUGUUGUUAAUUUUGAUUGACUUGUAAGAAAAGCGAAUGUGCAGUAAAUUUUUAUGAAACACUUCAUAUAUACAUGACAAUGCAUUUUUACAAAUGGUAUAUACAUUAAUCAGUUUCAGGGUGGAAUUUUUAUACUGAUUAUAUUAUGUAUUUUGAUUCAAUGUUUUAGUAUCCAAUGAUGCUAAACUCAAUAUUAAUAUCUACAUACUGUAAUUUGAAAGUUGCUAUAUGCAAACGUUCAAAGAAUGUAACCUAAUCCGCCACAGGGCUCUCACCAGUAAAUGUUUAGGGUGUGGUGCAAACAUCUUCAGCAUAACCAUUCAAUUGUUAUAAAU